AUGGCUACGUGCUAUAACAGAUACACCAGGCGCUACGUGUAUUGCAGCAAUUGGAGUCGCUAUGGCCGAUGGGUGGCUCUGGUUGUGAUACUGGUCGCUGCGAUCCUCUUCUUUUUCCUUAUGGCUUGCAUCUCCCAGCGCCGACGCCGCAAGGCCGGACGUACUCCAUUGUACAUGACGGGGUGGACGUCUAAACUACCUGGAGGCAAGCUCAAUGGUCAAAGCUACAAUCCUCAGUCAAACUACCAGUCAGCUCCACCGCAAUACAAUCAGACCCAGAAUCAGUAUCCUGAUGGUGGUUAUUAUGGACAGAACCAGAAUGGUGCAAACCAGAGUUAUUUUGGUGGUCAGAGAAACGAUGUUGAGAUGCAGGCACCUCAAAAUGUGUACAACAAUAAUCAAUAUGCGCCACCAGCCGGUCCGCCACCAGCCAAGCACUGA